AUGCCGCCACAGCUGUCCCAACCGGCUGUCUCCAGCUCCGCUGCCACCGCCUCGUCUGCACCGGGCCAGGCCUCGCGCAUAAAGCCUGCGUCCGCGACCGACGACGCGCCGCGCCUGCGGCCCGCCUUCACCACCCUCCAGCAGCACUACAGCCCGGCUCGCAACCUCGCGCCGAAACCCCUGACAGCGACGUUCCUCGCGCCGCCGUCGCCGUCUAAACUCCCAUCCAAUGUCGCCAUCUCGGCGGAGACGGCAAAGCUGCAGACCGAGCUGCUCCAGUUGCACCUAUUACAUCGCGACUCGGCCGUAGUCGACCAGGAAUGGCGGGCCAGUGCGCGGCAGAAGCUUGGGGAGAGGUUCGCUGCGCUGGUCAAGGAGAAUCAAGACCUCAGUCGGGAAGAAGCCGAUGUUAUAGAGAGGAGGAACAUUGCAGCAUUACAGUCCUGGGGCGGCACGAGCAGCGGAGGCGGACGAUCAGGCAAUACGGCGUUGGAGGAGAAGAUCCAGGUCCUCGAUCUUGUGCUGUCGGGUCUGUGGAGCUUGGGCGAACCAGGCGGCAAAUAUGCAAGGGUUAUUCGGCGAUUUGAGCGAUGGGCUGAGCGGAUGGUUGAUGUGGUAGAGGCAAGACGAAGAGGGGGCGGUCUCGGCGUCCUAGACGGCGAGGAGAUCAUGUUUGUUGGAGAGCUGGACUCUGCGUGGAAGGACGAGUGUGCUGGACUGGUGCGGAAGCUGGACGGCUGGCGGAGGCAGCUCAAGGAGCUGGGUGAUGUGCCAGAUGAUGCCAUCGAGGAGACAACUCCUGUCGGCGGGCGAUCGAGCCUCGCGCAGAUCCUGGACGGGUGCAGAGGCUUGGUUCACGACAUGCUCGCCGAGCUGAACAUCAUGGAGCAGAUUGAGCGGGACGCGCUCAAGCAGGAGGCCGACUGGAUUCAGAAGAUAAAUCGGGAUGAGACGGACGACGAUAUGCCCAAGGCUGGUGCCAUUUGGAGGGCAUUCUGA